AAAUUUUCUGUCAUCAACUAACUAAGCCUGAUCGAUCAUAUUCAAUUCCAGAUCCCCAGAGAGAGAGAUGGUGCGAACACCUUGCUGUGAUGUGAGUGGGAUGAAGAAGGGAACAUGGACGGUGGAAGAAGAUAAGAAGCUAGCUGCUUAUAUUACUAAAUAUGGCUGCUGGAACUGGCGCCAGCUUCCCAAAUAUGCAGGAUUGUCGCGGUGUGGAAAAAGCUGCAGAUUGAGAUGGAUGAACUAUCUGAGGCCCAACAUCAAAAGAGGAAACUACAGCCAAGAAGAAGAUCAACUCAUCUUGAAGUUGCACCGUCAACUGGGCAACAAAUGGUCUGCCAUUGCAACACACUUACCAGGAAGAACAGAUAACGAGAUUAAAAACCACUGGCAUACUUCUCUCAAGAAACUCACAGAACAAGGAUAUGCAUCAUCGUCUUCCCCAACUCAACAACCUAGGAAGAAACCCUCCGCCGGUCGAACCAAAAGGUCACGCAAACAGCAAGAGAUUCCUUCUUCUGUGUCCGCACAUGAAAUCUUGGAGAGUUCCCAGUGGUCUUCUUCUUCUUCUUCUUCUCCUUCUUCUUCUUCUUCCCCGAGCAUAGGAACUUCAUCGCCAAACGGCGAAAACACUCCUGAGCCUUCUCCAGAUCAGAUUCAAACGCCGCAAAUUCUUGGGUCGUCGGAGGAUGAGAGCUUUUGGAAUGAACCGUUCUUGCUGGACAACGCUUUCGCCUCCGAUGAUUUCCUCGACUACCGGCCGGCUUCUCCCUUUUCUCAGUACGGCGAGUUUUCCAGCUCCUGCAACUUAGUUGAUGAACUUGUCAAUGAGUUGAUGGAUUAUUUGUGAAAUGUUAUUACUAAGCCUAGCAAGCAAGUAAUAUAUGCUUUGCAAAUCAGAUGAAAUACACACAGACACACGUACAUGUAUGUGUGUAUAUAUAUCAUAUAUGCAUAUACGCAUGUAUGUAUGUAUACAUGUGUACGUGUAUGUAUAUGAAUAUGAACUUGUGUGCAUGAUUAUAUUAUAGGGUUUAAUUCCCAUCACUUCUGUAUAAUAUUAUCCAACAUGA